AGAAAGAAAGGGGUGAGAUAGAGGUUAGGAAGAGAGAAGGAGAAAGAGUGAAAGAGAGAGAGGGAUAAGAAGAGGAGGUGGAAGAGUGAAAUAAAAGAGAGAGAGAGAUGCAAAGUGAGAGAAAGGAGAAGGACUGAAAAAGAGGGAGAGAGGCAGUGGCAGAGAAUAAAAAAAGGAUGGAGAGAAAAAAAGAGGAGUGGGACAUGCAGGAGCGCUGCAGGUCAGGGGGGCGGGGCUACAGUUUGACUGACAGCUGAGAGAAGGUUAUAAAUGGUGCAGGUUUGGGGCUAAACACAAGAAGAAACAGACUCUGGAGCUUUUAUUUUUCACUUUUUCUGCACAAGAAGAAAGAAAGGAUGAGGAUUCACUUCAGGAAGUUUGGAAGUCCCCCCCUCCUCUCCCUGCUCCUCCUCUUCUCCUCCGUCGCUCCCCCUCUCCUGUCCUCCUCCGUGGUGAAUCUUCGUCGUUUCACAGGUUGUGCGGUCAGAGAGUUCACGUUUCUGGCUAAAAAACCGGGCUGUGGAGGACUGCACAUCACCACAGACGCCUGCUGGGGGCGCUGCGAGACCUGGGAGAAGCCGAUCGUGGACCCUCCGUUCAUCGACUCGUAUCAGAGAGUUUGUACGUACAACUCCUCUCGCCUCGUCACCGUCAAACUGCCCGACUGCGGCGCCAACGUCGACCCGAACUACAGCUACCCCUCUGCCCUGAGCUGUGAGUGCGGCCUGUGCCAGACCAGGACCACCGAGUGCAUAACAUCUGCGUGAAACACCUGUCAAUCAAACACAAGACCCUGCCCACCACUCCAAAGACCCGCCCACACCUUUCCUCUGAGCUGCGUUUCACGAUGUUGCCUUCAACAGUCUUGCUCCUGAUUGGCUCUUUGGUUGCUGUGAUACUCGGCAUCGGAAGUCCAACUACGGAACCCCAGAUUUGCCCAUAUAACUGCUAACCUCUGUGAGCUUCAUUUGACUGGAGCCGAACGUUAUGGGUGACGUCACACUCCCUUUGUCCACUUCUUUCUACAGACCACAGGAGUGUCAAACCAGGACCACCGAGAGCACCACAUCUGUGUAACCUAGCUGUCAAUCACACCUAAG